AGGAAGAACGCCGCAGCCAAUCACAGGAACGUAGUAUAAUCCUUUAACCAAUCAGCGGCCGGCUAAUCCCCUUCUGUCAUCGUCUUUGGAAACCGGAAGUGCAGGCGGCCAAUCACGGCUGCGGAGACUGUAUUGGCGGAAGCGGCGGAGGGUUGCCUUUGUGUGUAGAGAGAACGGCGGAGAUCGGUCGGUAAGUCUCCGGAGACGAUGACGACCCUGGACGAUAAGCUGUUGGGAGAGAAGAGUCAGUACUACUACAGCAGCAGCAGCGAUGACGAGGACAGCGAUCAGGACCGCGGGGUGCGGCAAGGUUCGGUCAGAGAAUCCGAGGGGAGCAAAGAAGAAGGAGCCAUGAAUACAGGUCCAAAAGGCGUCAUUAAUGACUGGCGGCGGUAUAAGCAGAUGGAGACGGAGCAGAACGCGGAGCAGCGCAGGGAAAUGGAACAGCUCAUUAAGAAGCUUUCAAUGACGUGUAAAUCUCAUCUGGAUGAAGAGAAGGACAAACAGAAAGAGCUGGAGGAGAAGCUGCAUGGCAAGAUGACGAUGCAAGAGUACAACUUGCUGAACGAGGAUGAAGACGAGGAGUUCCUGGAGAAGUACAGGAAGCAGAGGAUCGAGGAGAUGAAGAAACAGCUCAGCCCCUCCCAGCAUUUCAAGGUGGUGUUUGAGGUGCGGAGCGCGGAGGAGUUCCUGGACAUCAUCGAUAAAGAAGAGAAAAGCGUCCUGGUGAUCAUCCUGAUUUACGAGGACGACGUCCCCGGGGCGGAGGCAGCGAACGGCAGCAUUAUCUGCCUGGCGGCCGAGUACCCCGAGGUCAAGUUCUGCCGAGUGAAGAGCUCCCUAUUGGGCACCAGCACCAAAUUCACCGAGAAAGCUCUCCCCGCCUUCCUGGCGUACAGAUCCGGAUUGCUGAUGGGGAACUUCGUCCGGAUAACGGACCAACUCGGCGACGACUUCUUCGCCGUCGACCUGGAAGCCUAUUUGAAGGAGUACAGCCUGUUGCCUGAGAAGAGCCUGCCGUGCGCCGUCAUCCGUCACCCCGCCGUUCAGUGCUAUGACAGCGACGACAGCGACUUAGAAAUAGACUGACGGGAGCCGCCCCCCCCCCAUUGUGUGGUAAUGUACGGGGAGAUGUACAUAGACGCUUCCUUUGUUUUACAUGUUAUUUAAUUUAUAAUAGUUUAUAUGGUAAAAUAAAACAUAACCUUUAGCAUAAA